ACCAUACACGCCUGCGACCUGAACAGAACCCUCGUCGUGUACCUACGAGGUCCCGCAAUCUCAAUCACAAAAUGUCCACAUGGCUGGGGUUGUGCGUUUCGAAGAGAGAGCCGACGAAUCUACCGGACAGAUUCGUCCGUGACGAUUGGAAAUCAGGCAAACUCUCUUCAUGACUGGGGCCUUAUUCCUGGGUUUGUUGUAUAUAAAAGAAGCAACGGGAGACAUCACUGAAAGAGAAUUCACUGUACUGCCAAAGCAAAAUCCAAUAGAAACAUUGACCUCUCUUGCCAAGUUAUCUUUAUUCAACCCAGGUACGCGACCUAAAUACAGCUCAACAUGUCGUCAUACGUCGUGACGGGAGUGUCCCGAGGCAUUGGAUUUGAAUUCCUACGCCAGCUCUCUAGCGACCCAGCAAACACGGUGAUCGGGCUGGUACGGGAUCCAGCCUCGACAAAGGCCAAGGUUGCUGAGCUGAAGAGAAACAACAUCCACAUCCUAAAGGGAAACUUGGAAGACUACCAGUCAUUGAAGGACGCAGCCGAAGAGACUACCAAGAUCACAGGCGGAUCCCUCGACUAUCUCAUCGGCAAUGCCGCGUUCAUCUCUCACUAUUCCGGUUUUGAUGGCUUUGGAACCUUGGCCAAGGAUCCAGUCGCCCUCGAGAAUGACCUUCUGACCUCGAUAAAGACAAACGUUAUCGGAAAUGUUCACCUCAUCAACUUGUUUAUGCCGCUCAUCCUUAAGGGCAAGAAGAAGAAGGUCAUCGUUAUCUCAUCAGGAAUGGCCGAUAACUCGCUCACGGCCAAGUACGAGCUUGAAGGUGGUGGUCCCUACAGUAUCAGCAAGUCUGGCGUCAAUACUGCUGUGGCGAAAUUCAGCGCCGAAUAUGCCAAAGAUGGUGUGCUAUUCAUGAGUAUCUGCCCUGGAAUGGUGGACACUGGUAAUUUCGAUAACUUGACUGAACACCAGCAGCAGAAGGCUGGGACUGUUUUUCAGAAAUUCAAGGCAUAUGCACCAAACUUUGCUGGCCAAGCGAGGCCAGAAGAUUCCGUCAAAGCUGUCAUCUCGAUUUAUGAAAAGGCAAGCGUGGCCAAUGGAGACGGCGGAUCGUUUGUCUCUCAUACGGGUACCGACAAGUGGCUCUGAUUGUCUCCAUGACAGAGGUGGCCACAUUUCUCGAGGUUGUGGAAGAAAAUGCCAAUCAAAGGCAUCCAUGAGUAUAGAAUCUUUUAGGUAGUGUCAGGUCACGAUUUGGGGGGACGACUACUUCCACAAGCACGAAAUUCACGUUCCUUUGCAAGGUCACCGUAAAGAGUCGACUUUCUCGACCUUGCCUUGGCCAGCGAUGGUUAGAAACACUGUCGAGUACUUGGUCAUUAAUGGCCUGGGUCGUAACUGACAGUACUCCUUCAUCUGUUCAAGGCCCGCGAUCUUCCUUAUACCCACUAUAUUGUUUGCUGCAUGAGUUGGUGAUGAUUCGAUGGUGCUUAAGGAGCCAAGGUUCGGGAAGAACUGCUCGCAACACAAUCACUGUUAGGGGGGAGAAUGACGCCACCAUGUACCCAUUCACAGCUCGCAAGUCACUUACUUUCAAGGAGGCUCGCCGCAGCCACGGGAGGCCUCAUCCGUACUCGUAAGUGUGUAUCUCACCUAUGUCGGAGCCCGAGGGGCCAAGUGGAGCACCAGCACUCUAACUAGCCUCCUAUGUCAUCCGCAUACUCGUACGAGUAUUUGUCUCCGCACUCUUCUACGACAUAUAUGUGGUUGCUCAUUGUCAUGGUCCUUUGUCAGUACUUACAACGAUGUCUUUACACAAUUCGUGUGAAGUUAGUUGUUACUGUCGUUAUGAUCCCUGGUCAUGACAACAUCCUACCUAGAGUUCCACGACUACCAUGUACCAUACUUUGUAUACUAUACCCAGUCCAAGGUAGGUAUGAGGUUCCGUAUUCUCGUCCAACCUGGGUUCUAGUGGAUCGGGGUAUACUUGGCAUUACUCAGAGCGGCACCCAAGGCUGAUCUCCUUGAUCUGCUAACUAUGGGAGGGCUCCUCACCUUCAGUACUUUUGUACUCGGGAGCCUGGAAUUUUGUUUACGCACGUAUCUUAAAAUGAUAGGAUUGGCUACCCUAAGGCCACUGGCGUUACUUGAAAAUUCUCUGGGAUUGAGCAUUCUUGUUCCGGCCCACAAGAUGGUAUCGAAAGUCAACAUCAACGACCCA